CCUUUAUAACGGCAGAAGGGGGUUUACCAUUGAUUGCUGGAAGAAAUACGCGUAUGACAUGUAUCGUACAGUCAACAUUAGACGUAAAACUGUUGUUUUAUUGUCAUAACAUGCCAACAAGAAAAUCUGAGCGGUUUAAUGGAUCUACAGUAUACGUAUCAGUAGAUUUAUAUAUUGAAGCAAAAAACGAUGACAACAUUUGUACAUGCAGUUCUCAGUUUGAAAACUUUACAACAUCUACAUCUGUUGCUUUGCAGGUCACUAAUCCUCCUGUUAUUGAAAUAGUUGGUAAAACAAUAUGCAACAGUUCGUCGUCAAUAGAGUUGUCCUGUUCAUUAUCUGGGGAUUUGGAUACACACGGAUUUGAUCCAUGGCAGCACGCAAUUAAUGAAGUAGUCGUAAGGGAGUUAAUUGGAGUGAUUUCCAAUAACACAUCAGUGCUCAUGAUUCCGUCGUGUUCAUUCAACGAUAGAGGGGAUUACACCUGCAUAGCUUGGAAUCGAAAAAAACGCAAGAAAGAUUAUUUAAGGAAAAGUACUUCAGUAAAAGUCAAAGAACCUCCUUUUAUAGUUGCAUCAUAUCUCUAUAAUGAAUCCAUUACGUUGUUGUCCGUGGAUUAUUUAUCUGAUGCUGAACCAAACAGUCCACGGUGGUUCAGGUACAAGACAUCUUUAGUCAAUUCUACAUUAUUUACGAUCAUCAAUACAAGAACGACUCUCGUUUCUCAAAUACAUGGGAAAGAAGUUGUACUGUCUGGAUUCAGUACAAAUUUAAGUCUGAACAAUAAAGCUCGAGGGGAAUACACUGUAAUGCUCUCCAACAGAUAUGGUGAAACAGAAUACAAGUUUAACUUGAUUUCAGAACAAUCAAGUUUCUUAUUCUCGUCUAUCUUGCUGGUGUUAACUGGUAUGGUCGUAUUCAUAGUAACAGUAGGCGCUAUUGGAACUGUUAUCAAAAUAAACAGUUUAACAGGCGAUUUAGAAAUGAAAUGUUAUUUAAAAAACCCCGGAAGAGGAGCAAUAUAUUACGCCGCGCCAGAAGACGAAAACCAAGUUCAUGUGUACAACGAAACAGAUACUGGAUAUGAGGAAUCAACAGAGAGCAACGAAACAGGCCAUUACAUGGAAAUCAGUGAUAUUUAUGAAGAUCUUGAAAACGGCAGAGACGAUAGGCAUUCGUAUGAAUUUUCACAUCAUUACAUUGAAGUAAAGCCUGAUUAAAGAUGUUUAUAUUAUUUAUCUAUUUUCAUAUAUGCUAUGAUUUUACUUAUUGACUGGAUAUGCUGAAUCAUUCUAUUUGGAUUGUUAACCACUUUAGUGCUUACUUGUACAUGUUUGAACUUGUAACAAUUAGAGCAUAAAUCUUAUAUGAAGGUAUUGCCUAUGUAUGAUAUAUGUAAUUAUUCCUUGCUCAAAUAUGAAUAAAUAAAUAUAUAUACCACA